AUGUCGGGCCGCGGGAAGCAGGGAGGCAAAGCGCGUGCUAAGGCCAAGUCGCGCUCGUCCCGUGCCGGCCUCCAGUUCCCCGUCGGCCGCGUCCACCGCCUGCUGCGCAAGGGCAACUACGCCGAGCGCGUGGGCGCUGGGGCGCCCGUCUACCUGGCUGCUGUCAUGGAGUACUUGACAGCCGAGAUCCUGGAGCUGGCGGGCAACGCCGCCCGCGACAACAAGAAGACACGCAUCAUCCCGCGCCACUUGCAGCUCGCCGUCCGCAACGACGAGGAGCUCAACAAGCUUCUCGGCGGCGUCACCAUCGCGCAGGGCGGCGUGCUACCCAAUAUCCAGGCCGUGCUGCUGCCCAAGAAGACUGAGAGCCAUAAAGCUAAGGGCAAGUGAGGGCUCUGCAAAGACUGACCAGUUCAGUCAGCAGGCC